AUGCCGGGAUCCGCGUGCCCCGCCGCCUCGCUCUCUGGCGAGGGCAUUCUUGUGACGCAGCAGCGUCUCUGCUCUCCAGGACUGGGACCGCGCCCCGCGCCUCCGGGCUUCUCGGGAGCUGCCUCGCCUAGCCGAGCGAUGACGCAUCAUGGCUCGUACAGCACAUCGAUGGCGCAGUUGGUGUCUUCGCAGUGCAGAAAAACCCAAACUUGGUCUCAGGGUCAGCAGCCCCACACUGGGCGUCGCGGAAGUUUUGCGAGCAUUCCGCCCCUGUCUCUGAGCCACCAGAAGGCGAAGCAGUUAGAACAGCAGAACCGGACGGGGCAGAUGCGGGAUUCGACGUGGUCCUCGCACCAUCUCCCGGACAAACUCCACGAUUUAGUUGAGGCGAUCAAGCACCCGCUGUCGCACAGCACGCAGUGCACGCGGAUCUCGACGUCGAGCCUGCACAUUGGCGAGUGUCCGGAGGUUCCUGAACACAAGGCGACGUUUGCGUUGAAGCGCACCGGGACGCUGAAGUGGCAAGAGACGUUGGCCGAGGAAGACGAUGAGCGCGAAAAGGGCGAGUUGGCGGACGAUCCGCCGAAGGAGAAGAAGCUCUCGUUCGCGAAGAACCACAGCGCUCCGAAUCUCCUGCGGAAAAAGAUGCACGGCCCCGAGUCUGCGUGCCGAACCCCGCGGGGACCGGGCUUGUUGCCGACGCCCCUGGAGAACGAUGGUUCGCCGCAAACAAACUCAGAGAGCGGAACGUCGACGGCCUCGACGGCCUCGACGUUCUCGAUUACGAGCUCCUACCCUUGCAGCUUGUCUUCGCUCUCCGGAGCCGAUUCCGACACAUCAGCGGCGUCGCCGAGGAAGUCGCGCGACACAACUGCCGACGAUUUGAAGCGUCUGGACAGCAGCUCGCCACCGACUCUCUCCGCCUCCUCGCUCACUUCCAAUUCGACAGUGAAGAGGAACUUCUCCUGGCACACGUUCAAGGUGAAGCUCCGUCAACGCAAGUGA